AAUACCGUUACUCGCUUCUAAUGUAUACGGCGGUGAUUCAAGUGUCAUGAAAGUCGCCAAAUGUCUAAAGCCGAUGGGGAAUUAAAAACAAAAUUUGUAAAAAGUUCCUGGACACCUCUUCGUGACCCCCUUCUAAAUUCGAAGGUUUUUGAGGACAGGCGUACGUUGAUUGUUUCAUGGUUCAGUAAAUGGUCAGAGUACCAAAGAAAGCGCGUUAUAUGUGAUCUUAUUCCACUAUGCACAAAAAAGCAAAUCGAAUAUUUUGAAGAUAUUCUGCGCAAGAAGGUCCCUGCUUAUAAUGUAGAUUUCACACGAGUGCUUCCGCGUGUGCUUACCCUUUAUACAUUUUCCUUCCUGGAUCCAAGGAGCCUGUGUAGAUGUGCGCAGGUUUGUUGGUACUGGAAGUACCUGGCGGAUUCCAAUGAAAUAUGGGCUCCGAAAUGCCUUCAUCGAGGAUGGAACCUACCGUGUGCAGUAGAUGGAGCUGCUCCGGGUGUUUGGAAAAGGCAUUACAUUCAAAAGAUCAGAUAUAUGCAGCUAACAUGGCCCACGAAGGUUGCAGCGACCAGGUUGUUGGAGAAACUGGAACAAGUUGAACGCGUUUCCAGACAAGAAUUGGAGUGGUGUCGGGAGAGCGCGCGGAGAGAGAAGAAGACGCGUUCACAACAGCUUCACUCUGAAGCAGAAGCCAGUCAGAAGCAGAUGCAACCGAAUCAGCCUGUUUGGCGGGGACCUGACCGAUACCCCAUGGAAACCAGAAGAAUGAACUACCUUGACAACGAUUUCGAUUUACUGGGAAAUCGGGACAAUAAGACACGAAGCAGCAGCAUCUGCCCACUAGCUCGAGUGGCACUGGAAAAUGGGAUUCCACGACGACCACUAACGUCUGCUGACCGAAUGCCACCCAAAAUCCUCACACCGACCGAUCGAACAGUGUCCACAAUUCGAGUGUCCAAUCCACCUAAAAUCAACUUUAUGGCGGUGGGACCACAGGUACCAUGGAAACCGAGCUCACGCUUCCCUCAGCGUAAGCCCCUUGAGGCAGCCGAAGAUCUCAAGUGGAAGUAUAAUAGUUCACCGCAUACUUGUCGCUGCCAGAUACAACGACACAUGCAAAGGGAUCAGGUUGUGUACAGGGCAAGUCCUGAGGGAGCUGGAGCGCCUACCAUGAGAGAAUAUUUGACUGACAGCGAGAAGUAUGGCAGUCGCAAUUGUUUAGAUAUGCAUCAUGAUGGCAGCGAACGAACAUUGAGAGAUCUAAACAAACUAAGGACCUUGAGUUUGCCUCCUACACCCCAAUAUUCAAAACAAAUAUUGCAACCUCCCCUCGGCGACAUGGACGAAGUGGCUACCGAACAGGCGGUACAAUAUCCUCCCUCUAUGCAAUCUCCAUCCUUUGGGAUUACCCAGCUCGGGACAACGGAUGAAACAUUCCACAGGUCCAGUCGUACUCCAGAGCCCAAACCCAGAAGGGGUCCGUCUCGAGAGGUAGCAGGCAACUAUGAGUCACUGAGAGAAAUCACUGUCCAAGGAGACACUCUAGCAAAUGAAGAGGCAGCGAACCAUUCUGAGGUCAUCACACGCGGAACAUCCGAUCUGCGAAGUUCGACGAACAACUAAACCAUCUGGUGACCCGAUGGUACUGCUAACUCCCCAGUGAAACCGGUGACAGCAUCCACACAUUCACACAAAUUGGCAGGCAUCUCAAGUCCUGCUUGUUUAUUAGCUGGUUUUGUACUGGAACACCUGCUUCCGCAUCACAUCGUUUGGUCAUCCUGCUCAGCUUUGUUGUGUUGUGUGAAUCACUUUCAAUAAAUAUCAAUCAUCCGACUUCUG